ACACCAUGACGGCGAUGGACCGCUGUUGCCUGGCUGCCGUGCUCUCGUUGGCCUGCGCACUCGGACAGAUGCACCCAGACCACAGGAGUGUGAGGGAAACCAUCGAUGUGAGAGAGGGCCAUGUUUUUCCGCUGACGUGUGGCAGUGCUGUGGGUCAUACCAAUGUGACCUGGAGCAGAUGGGGGAACCACACCUUCAGCCUACCGUCCGGAGUCGAGGUCAGAGAGGGGGUUCUGUGGUUUUUACCCAUGGUGGCUUCAUAUAAUGGAACAUACGUCUGUGAAAAAAGGGACAAGGAAGGAUCAAGGGAGAUGGCAUUCAAAGUGACAGUAUCUCGUGGGAAGUGUCCCAGUCCAGUUGAGAACAGGUCCAUUACUUCAAGAACCAGCAACUCUCUGCCUUGCAAACAGAAGGAGCUCCUCAAGCUGAACAAUACGAUGCAUAUACGCUGGUUUAAGGACUGUGGUCCAGUGAAACGGGACGGCGAGGCUGUCUCCUUCAACCAGCAAGGUGAGAUGAGGCUCAAUAAUGCCUCAGAGAGUGAUGCCGGGAUCUACACCUGCCUGGCAGAGUUCACCCUGAACGACAGGAUCUUCACUGCAGCACGCAGCAUCCGCCUAAGCAUCGACAGUGAUACAGUUCUAAUGGAGCCCAUGGUGGUGUAUCCUAAACAGGAGGUAGUCAUGGUUGAGCCAGGCUCAAGAGCAGAGCUGAAAUGUUUGGCCUACUUGGGAGUCAGUGAGGAGUUUGAGAACCUAAUGCACUGGACUGUUAACGGGCAAUACACUGAUGACUACAAGCAGCUAAAUGACUCCUUCACAUUCCGUCAUGACAGCGGUAGAGUGUCUGGCUUGUCCAUUCUGUCCAUCUCUGAGGUACUACCUGAGUUCCUGAAUGUACCCUUUUGCUGCCAUGUGAAUAACCCCACCGGUAAAGAUGAAGGCUUGGUGUGGCUUCAGAGAGCUGACCACAGCAUCUUCUACACCUGUGUGGGUCUCUGCCUAGCCUCCUGUUUGGUCUCUAUAGCCUUUGCCACUGGCUUCUUCUUCUGUAAGGUGGAUGCAGUCCUGUUUUACAGGAAACUGCUUCCUCUUCUGGUCAAACACAAAACUCUGGAUGGGAAGCUUUAUGAUGCGUAUGUCAGUUACCUUUAUGCUGACAACGAGUGUUCAACGGAGAUGGCGACCUUUGCCCUUCAAGUUCUGCCGGAGGUGCUUGAGAAGCAGCACGGCUACACUCUCUACAUCAGGGGACGGGAUGACUGCCCAGGACAAGCGAUGCACGAGGUCAUUGCUGCAAUGUUUCAUAGAUGCCAGCGACUGAUCAUCAUCCUGUCUGCGCAGGGGAAAUCCUCCAUGGGACCAGAAAUGACAGAAGCAUUGCUAAUAAACCACAGCCAAACCCAACUAAACUAUGAGCAGAGGAUAGGCCUGUUUGAUGCUCUCACCCAAAAUGGUCCCCCUGUGAUCCUGGUGGAAAUAGAUGGCCCAGUGGACUAUGGUAGUUUACCGGAGUCAUUGCGCUACAUCAGGAAAAGGCAGGGAGCCUUGAAGUGGACUAGAUCCACUGGGAACUCCAAACUCACCAAGCUGACAUCUAAUAGACUUUUUUGGAAAAACCUGAGGUACCACAUGCCCUCAGUGCCAGUGGGGAAAUCACUGAAUGUUGUUUGAACCAAGAUUUCAAACUUUUUCCUCCCUGUGUGCAUAUGAGUCAUUUGGGUCAUGACCAAGUUUGGGUGUCAUCCAUGAUUUAAGAGCCAUUGGCCAAUUCAAAGUAAAUGGUAUUCCUGACUCAUCAUAUUCUAACUCAAUCAAAAAAUGCAAAGGGGUAUAAAAAGAUCGCUUUUAUGGUCAAUGAAUAAUGGUAUUUGUGUGUCACACAGGUAAUGUCACAGAGACAUACACAGUAAACCUGUGAGGGAUUUUGACAGACUGAGAGGUAUUUUUUUACUUGGGUCUGCAUGUGUCAAGCUGCUUACAGUGUUGAAAACAGGAAACAGACAUAUAUGCAUAAAUGUAGUCUGCUGGACUGUAUAUGGACUUUUAACUAAAUGAAGCUGCAAAAUAAUACAAACUGUCUCUUGCACUUUAGCCCAGGCCUGAUCCU